AAAUACGAAUAGUCGACUUUAUUUAAGAUGGGGUCUGAGUGAGUAUUGUGGGAAUGUAAGUUUUUCUUUAUCGUCAUGUAUUUUCUGGUUGAUUUGAGCCAUACUGCUUCCGAUGAGUGUGAUUCCCAAACUCCGUUAAUUUAAUCACAGCCGCAAAAUGAUUCAUAGGUAGGGAAAGAACCAGAAUUCGUAGGAAACUAUUCUGAUAGGGGCUUAAAUGGCUCAAAUCGUUAACCAGUCAUACUCUGCGAGCCGCAAAAUGAUUCUUAAGGUGUCCACUGUGGACAAAAAGGCACAAGUGACCAUUAAUGAUGAGUCACUUCUGUGACUUAACAGUAAUCAGUUUUUACAGUGCAGAAUGAAUGUGAUCAAAGUAGAACCAGAAUCAGACCCUGAGACACAGGAACCAUACAGUGAAUUCCAGUUCAUUGAUGUGCACCAGAAAUUUCUCUCGGUACCAAUGCCCUUUACUGAAAUGAAGUCUGAAAUUAAGGUGACAAAGAAGACACCUGAUUCUAUAAAAUUGAAACUGUUUCCACAGACCCUGAAGAUUGAGACCGACUCAGAUAGUGAUGCACUUCACUCUUACAGUGAACCUGAGGUUACAGGUUUGAAAGACAAGCAUUUGCUACAUCCAUCCAUUUACAGCAUAUGGAAAUAUGAUAUUCAGAUGAAAGACAUAUUGGAAACACACAGACAGAUGCCCAGUCAGCAGUCAUUAUAUUGUGAAUCCAUGAAUGAAAAUGAAUGGUUUUUACACAGUAAAAGAGAGAAAUUUAAGGAACUGAUGAAAGAAAGGAGAAGAAAUGAAUCACCAGAGCAAAGGCAGAAGCGUUUAAACCAAAUGAAAGAGUACGCAAAACAUCGGCGAGCAAACGAGAGUCCUGAGGAGCGACAGAAGCGCCUCUUUCAGAUGAAUAUGUAUGCCAGACAACGAAGAGCAAACGAAAGUCUAAAUCAACGUAUAAAACGACUCACUCAAAUGAAUAAUUAUGAAAAACAAAGAAGAUCAAAUGAGACCCCUGAACAGCAUGAAGAACGAAAGCGCAGACGGAGAGAAAUAGAAAGUUUGAGAAGAAACAAUGAGACGCCAGAGGAACGACAAAAGCGUCUCAUCCAAAUGACUAAGUAUGCAAAAGAGCGAAGAGCAGCUGAAAGUCUUCGGCGAAGUGAAAGGCAGCUAAGUCAGAUUAAUAAUUACGCAAAACAUGGAAGACUAAGUGAAACUCUUGAACAAAAGGAAGAUCAAAACAGACAGCAACAAAAGGAAGUACUGCAGGAAACAGAUGAUUUUCAAGAUCAGCAAGGAAACUGAUGGAGACAAGGAGAAAGAGAUGCAGAGAGAAGAGGAGAUGAUACUCUAACAUUACGUGAAGAGAACUGUGUACAAGAUGGAGGACUCAGUAAGUUGCAAAGAACAUGUGAAACUGUGGAACAGAUACGAGCUGAAUGUAUAUGGGAACAAGAUGACUGGUGUAGAAGACAAAACGCCAAGGUUAUAUAAAACAAAUGAACCUCCAGAGCUGUAUAAGGACAUACAAAAUUAAGAAAACGAUGUAAAAAGAAGAACAUUGUAGACAACAAGAAAUGUUUGCUCUACAUAGAAUAAAUAUGACUCAAGAAUGAAAAGAUGUAAAUAUUGUGUAAUAUAAACUGAAUGAAACUUUAGAAUAUCUUCACAAGUGAUAUGCAUUAUGACAGAAAAUUGUGAGAUAAACUAAAAUAAAAUUAAGAGCAGUACAGAUGUAAAGUAUUAUGAACUACGAAUUGAAUAUGCAGUUGGAUCUGUGAGUCUCACAGCAGAGAAAGUUAAGAUUAUCUUCUUGGAUGUAAUGCCAUAGUCUGGUGGAAGUCUACUGACGUUUUGGAGGAAUGUGCUGCCUCCAUCUUCAGGGUUGAAGAAUAAACAAAGUAAGAAAACAGCAAGAAGC